AUGACACCCACGUCGCUGCAGUCAAUUUACAAGCUGAAUUCGGGAUACGAGAUCCCCGUGGUUGGAUACGGAGUUUAUCAAACGUCAGUUUUCAAAAUACGCAACUUAGAAGGUCCUGCCGAGAUCACGGAGAAGUCGAUUCUCAAAGCAUUUGAAGUCGGAUACCGUCAUGUUGACUCCGCAAGAGCCUAUCAUAAUGAAGCAGAGAGCGGCGCCGCAAUACGGUCGUCUGGUCUCAAGCGAUCUGACAUCUUCUAUACGACCAAGAUCCCCGUGAAGGAAAUGGGAUACGAGAAAGCCAAAGCGUCAAUCGAGUACAGCCUAGAGCAAGCUAACCUGGAUUAUAUUGACCUCAUAUUGAUUCAUGCCCCGUACGGCGGACGAGAAGCUCGUGAAGGCACCUGGCGCGCGCUCGUGGAAGCGCAGAAAGCCGGAAAGGUCCGCUCGAUCGGAGUCUCCAAUUACGGGGUCCAUCAUCUCGACGAACUGGAGGACUACAACAAGACCAUCGGCGGUAAAAUCGAUGUUGGCCAGUAUGAGCUGCAUCCGUGGCUUCCGCGUCCGGAUAUUGUCGACUGGCUCAGCAAGAGGAACAUUGUCAUUGAGGCGUAUUCUCCUGUCGUUCGUGCGAAGAAAAUGGACGAUCCCAAAUUGCAGAGUCUGUCGAAGAAGCACGAUAAGACUCCUGCUCAGAUCCUUCUCAGAUGGAGCUUGCAAAAGGGAUUCGUUCCGCUUCCGAAGUCGGUGACGCCUGAACGGAUCGAGGAAAAUGCCGACAUAUUCGAUUUCGAGUUGACAGAUGAAGACAUGGAAUUACUGAACCUGGGAGUAUAUGAGAAUGUCUGCUGGGAUCCCACGGUUAGCCAUGACUAG